AGUGCCGCCUGUCGCCAUGGCGUCCUGUUGCCAGACUCGAAGACCGUCCCUCCUGUCUCGGUUGAAUUAGCAACAGAAUCGUAUCAUAACUUUGCAUUUUGCAUCAUCUCACCUGCCCCGAGCCGGUUUGUCCCAUUUUUAUUCCACUUUUCACCUCGAGUCGCAUUUCUCUCACCUCCACAACACAUGCCUCCAUUCGGCGGUGUGUCCACACCCUGUUACACCUAUCUGUACAUCUUCGUACCGGCAACCAGACGUCUCCAUUAUUUGCCUGUCUGUUCUCUUCUCGUCUGUGUCUUUAUCUGUUUGCGCAUUUCUGCCUGUCUGCAUGGCUGGCCGACAUUGUAG